CCCCGCCCCCAGGUCCUGACGGGCAGGUCCACCCCAGGUCCUGACGGGCAGGUCCCUGCCUCGCCUCCCGUGAGGCAUAAAAGCUGGUGCAGGUGGCGCCGGGCAGAGUCCUGCACCAUGAAGGGGAGUAGUGCCCUCCUGCUGGCAGCCGUCACCCUGCUCUGCACCUUCGGACUGGCCCUAGCGGAUGACAACAAUGAGUUUUUCAUGGACUUCCUGCAAACGCUGCUGGUGGGAACACCAGAGGAGCUGUACGAGGGCCCCCUGGGCAAGUACGAGGUCAACGCAGACGCUAAGGCCGCACUGACAGAGCUCAAGUCCUGCAUAGAUGGCCUGCAGCCCAUGCACAAGGCAGAGCUGGUCAAGCUGCUGGUGCAAGUGCUGGGCAGUCUGGACGGUGCGUAGUGACCCUGAACAUUCCGGCAGUCCAGGACCAGCCAUGCUGCUCCCCGCCUCUCCACGUGUGAACCAUCCUCAGACCCCCGGAUCAAUAAAGCCUCUGCAGUCAG